AUGAGUGACAAUAGUAAUAGUAAUAACAACAAUUCAAUCGAUCAUACAAAGAAUGUAUUGGUAGAGAAACAUAUCAGCUAUGUUGUCAAUCUAGACAACAAAAAGGAAGAAGACUUUGAAUAUUGGGUGACAGAACAUCUUAGAAUGAAUGGAAUGUAUUGGGGAUUGACAUCACUCUACAUACUCAAAGCAUUGGAUAAGAUGGAUAGAGAUGUUAUCAUUAAUUGGGUAUUAUCUUGUCAAAAGUCAAAUGGUGGAUUCUCUGGUAAUGUUAGUCAUGAUGAACAUUUAUUAUCAACUCUUAGUGCUGUACAAAUAUUAAUGCAACUUGAUGCCCUUGAUAGAUUAGACCAAGAUUUGGUUGCUAAAUAUGUAUUAAGUUUACAACAAGAGGAUGGAUCAUUCUUUGGAGAUAAAUGGGGAGAAGUAGACACUAGAUUUACAUACUGUGCAGUAUCAUGUCUCUCACUGAUGGGUAAAUUGGAUUUACUUGACAACAAUAGAAUAGAAAAGAUUGCAGACUUUAUCAAUAGAUGUAAAAACUUUGAUGCUGGUUAUGGUUGUAUCCCAGGUGCUGAAUCUCAUGCUGGUCAAACAUUUACAUGUGUUGGAGCAUUAGCAAUUAUAAAUAGAUUAGAUUUAAUUGAUAGAGAUCAAUUGGGAUGGUGGUUGUGUGAAAGACAAUUACCAAAUGGUGGUUUGAAUGGUAGACCUGAAAAGACAUCAGAUGUGUGUUAUUCAUGGUGGGUCGUAUCGGCAUUGUCUGUCAUUGACCGUUUGCAUUGGAUCGAUAAUGAAAAAUUAAGAAACUAUAUCCUCAAGUGUCAAGACAAUGAAACUGGUGGUAUUGCCGACAAGCCAGGCAACGUACCAGAUGUAUUCCAUACCUUUUUCGGGUUAUGUGGAUUCUCUUUGAUGAGUUAUUUCGACAUGGAAGAAAUCGAUCCAACCUAUGCGCUUGGCACUAAAACUCUUUUAAAAUAUAAUAUUAAAUUACCAUGGAAUAAAAAACUUUAA